UAUGUUCUAUCCUGCUGCGGAGCCCAUGGAAGAGCCCAGGGCCGCCUGCGUCGGCUUCAGGCAGGACUUCUGGUACCAUGUCGGCUUCUGGGCCCGACGGAAGGAUGCCACUGACGACAAUGAACAAAAGUACUUCUUCGCCGAGCUGCGGUUCGAGCGCCGGUCUAGACGGCUGGUGGUCGAGACAUGCACUCUCUUAGAAAAGCCGAUGUGCCGCUUCAAGAGUAGGUGCGCGUUCUGCCCGGAUAGAUUCCAGAUCCUGCACCCGAGUGAUGCUGAAGAGUUUACUUGUGGGAAGAAGAGGCACAAAAGGAAGUUCUUCAGGGAGAGAAAUAUGCUCGGAAGGCCUUUCAUGCUUAGAUAAACACGCUAAACUUAGCUAAGCACUGUUUUGUCACCUUG